AUGGCGACAGGGCAACAAUCCAAGACUCCCCAGAGCCAUCGGGUCGGGGAGCAUUGGAGUGGUGCCAAUCCCAUUCCAACAAUUCAUCAUUUUAUGGAACAUAUCGAUGCCGAGAAGAAAGAACGCGAUCGCAGAAUCGACGAGGAGAAUCGUAUCAAAAAGGAGCAGGCUGCACGCUCCAAGGCAGAUGAGAAAUCUGGGCAGAAGGCCGAGCAGGAUGAGGGAGAUGUCGUCGCUCACAAAGCACGCGAGGUGUCUCAGGCUAAGAUGCGUACCGUGACGGAUCCGACCACAGGCAAAGAUAUCGGGGUGGAGGAUCAAGACGAAACCUCCAUGGAAGCUGUCAAGAACCCAAUGUUGACGGUUCCCAACGCUAAUCUGGGGAAAGACACGGAAAAUAGGAGCGCCCCCGAUCCAAUUGCCGAAGGAACGACAUCCGAUGUCCCCAUCCGAGGCGAGAAGACGAACGUUCUAUUCCACCCAACACCUACCGUAUCAUAUCAGCCUAUGUUCGAGGUCUUGCAAAAGCGUGCUACGGGGCUUUGUAUUGGUAUCCCUGCUGCGAUCAUUGUGAUCGGUCGCAUUUUCGGAGGGUCCUUCUGGGGCCUGGUUCCCUUGGCAUUUUGCAUCUCGUCGGGCGUGUGGCUUUGGAUGCAGGAGGUCGUUCGCAGUGGUCGAGAGAUGGAGUGGAGCAGUGAGCAACUGCGUGGUCAAAUGGCCACUGCCAAUCUACUACCAGAGUCCGUUGAGUGGAUGAACAGCUUCCUCGGUGUGGUGUGGGGACUGGUCAACCCAGAAAUGUUGACGCCCAUGGCAGACACGAUUGAAGACAUCAUGCAAGUCUCUGCGCCCAAGAUCGUGGAGAAUGUUCGGAUUGCAGAGAUCGAUCAGGGCAAUAACCCGUUGCGAAUUCUCAGCAUGCGAGCUCUUCCAGACGAGCAUGUGCAAGAUCUGAAAAACAAUAUCCACGAGGAUAACAAGAAAAACAAAGAUCCACAAGAAGCUGCUGCCGCCGAAGAAGGAGGCAGCUAUUACAACAUGGAGGCAUCUUUUGCUUAUCACGCAAAGCCAAGUAGUCAGACUGCAUCCUCGAAAGCUCGCAACAUGCACAUGCAGCUGGUCUUUUACCUUGGUGUCAAGGGACUGUUUGGUGUACCGUUUCCGGUAUUUGUUGAACUGAUCGAGUUGGUUGGAACAGUGCGCAUGCGCUUCCAAAUGAUGCCCGAAGCGCCAUUUAUGAAAGAUGUGACUUUUACCUUGGUUGGCAUUCCGCACGUUAGGGCGGGUUGCAUGCCUAUGCUUCGGAAGGGAGUCAAUGUGCUCAACUUGCCUAUCAUUUCUAAUUUUGUUAACUCCGCCAUCGCUACCGCGUGUGGAAUGUUUGCAGCUCCAAAGUCCAUGACCAUGGACCUCGGAAUGAUGCUGACAGGCGACGACAUCCACAAGGAUACUUUGGCUCUGGGUGUGAUGUGGAUUCGCAUCCACCGCGCAGUGGGCCUGAGCAAGCAGGAUACUCGCGGAAGCGAGGGAGGCGGCAGUGACCCAUAUAUAAACCUGUCGUUCUCCAAGUAUGGAAAGCCAAUGUAUUGCACGCGAGUUAUCACAGAUGAUCUCAACCCCAUGUGGGAAGAGACUGCUGCCCUCUUGGUGACACCCGAACUGAUCAAGGCCGAUGAGAAUCUGAGCAUUGAGCUCUGGGACUCAGAUCGCAACACGGCCGAUGAUAUCGUUGGAAAGGUCGAAUUACCUAUCCGUGAAAUGUUACAGCACCCCAGCAGAAUGUACCCUCAGGUCUCGAAGCUCCAGGGCAUGGACGAAGGAAGCGAGAUGCCCGGUCAGCUCCACUGGGAGGUUGGUUACUUCGGCAAGCCCAAGCUACGCCCCGAGCUGCGUAGCGAUGGCAAGAAGAAAGACCUCCCUGAGAAUCUCAAAGGCGACCCAACCUUCGAAGACGAAAAGGGCACCAUCAACAAUGACGAAGAGGAUGCUGUCAUGCACACACCACCUGACCCCAUUUGGCCAAGUGGCAUCGUACACAUCGUUGUCCACCAGAUUGUCAACUUGCAAAUCGCCAACAUCAAAGGCAGCGAUGGAAAUCGUAAGGGCAAGGAGUAUGAACCGGCAAAGCCCUACGGCGAGAACACCGAGGAGCAAGGCGAUGACCUUCCCACGAGUUACUGCAAGGUUUUGUUGAACGAUCAACUGGUUUACCGCACUCGCGCCAAGGCAGUCAGCUCCAAGCCGAUCUUCAAUGCAGGAACCGAGCGAUUUGUUCGUGACUGGCGCUCUUCGGUAGUUACUGUCACUGUGCGCGAUCAGCGCUAUCGCGAGCACGAUCCCAUUCUCGGUGUUGUGCCUAUCAAGCUGUCUGAUAUCCUUCAGACGAGUUCACAGGUAACCCGUUGGUACCCUCUCGAUGGAGGUAUUGGAUUUGGACGUAUCCGCAUCUCCAUUCUUCUGCGCCACGUUGAAACCAAACUUCCACCGGCCAUGCUUGGUUGGGACGUGGGCACAUUUGAAUUCGCCGGCGAGAAGAUCACGGCCCAGAACUUCGGUCGCAAUACCAAGAUCAAGCUGCGCACCGGAGGAAGUAUCGGUAAGAUCACUCGACACAAGUGUUCUUUGCAGGGCAGCGAUGCAGUGUUCGAUACAUCCGAUGAGACCUUCCGCGACUCGUUGCGAAUGCCCGUCAAGCAUCGAUACCGCUCCCCUAUCGUGUUUGAAUUCCAUGUUCAAGGCAAGCGCGGUGCUGUAGCCUAUGCUACCUACUGGCUCCAGCAUCUCAUCGACAACGAAGAAACAGAUAUCGACAUUCCAAUCUGGACGACUAAGAUGGGAGCUCGUUUGACCCAGAACUACGUCACCGAAGAGAACUGGAGGGCGAAGAAGGUUCCCGGCCUCGAAGACUUGACCGAGAUCGGGCGCCUCCAAUUCCGAGGCAAAUUCUCGCCCGGAAUUGACGAAUCGCACGAACGAUUCGUGGUCGACAAUGACUCACGUGAAACAUUCGAAACGUGGGAGGCGUGCUUGUCACAAGGCGUCCGAUCCCGUAGCGUCCACGUUGAGGUCCCCGAAGAAGUAAAACAGAAGCACGAGCAGUCCCUGAUCGAUGGUCGGGACGUGUUGAAACAAGCUUCUCCCUCUGAGCGACGCCGAUGGAUUGACUACGACGGUCACGACUGGAGUGGAGCUUUCGGACAUGACCCGCGUGCGUACACAGACUCAGUCGGGCGCAAGAUUGCUGAGCCUGGUCGGGAUGACCCGCGGCACGACCCAUACACUCCGCCCCCACUGAAGGGUCAGCCUGCAGCUCAGCCUACCUUCCAGAACCCCGAAGAACGCAAUGAGAGUUCAGACUCCGAGGAGGAGGACGAAGAAAGCUCCUCUUUGUCCACCGGGCCCUCGACUGUUGGAGACACCCGCGGUCGAGCUUCUUCAUCACAGGCGAGUGUCACUAGCGGUCAGAUGAACAAGGCGAAUAAACGCAGUGAGCAGCGGCAGCAGCGUGGUAUGAUGCAAUGGCGUCCUGCGCGUAAUGCCGCAUUUGCCAAAGACGAGGCGAAGUUUGGUAUCGAGAAGAUAAAGAAAAAGAUAGGCCUUGGUGGUCUCACGGGUCGUGAACCAGACGUGGAGACCGAGACCUGA